CGCCUUAAAGCGGACCAGCGCAGCCUCUGUGCAGCAGCAGCAGCAGCAGUGAGUUAGUGCAACAUAGUGAGUGCUCUCCUGGUCACUGAUGCUGGGUUGUCUGGUUAAAUUGGGACGCACAUCUUUGCAAUGAUCGCGCCAGGCAUCGGGUCACUCUCAGUAGCCACGCCGGAGCUGCGAUGAAGGCCGGGGCUUCGUCGGUGUGGGCUUCAUGCUGCGGUCUGCUGAAUGAAGUCAUGGGUACCGGGGCCGUCCGAGGCCAGCAGCCGGGGUUUGGUGCCGGCGCCGGGCCCUUCAGGUUCGCCCCCAGUGCGGGAUAUUCCACGUACCCGCCCAACAGCUCAGGGACCCCCGGCCUUGUUUGCAGGGCUUGUGGACAGGCCUUCUCCGUCUUCAGGAGGAAGUACGUUUGCUGCGACUGCAAGAAGAACUUCUGCUCUUUUUGCUCCGUGGUCCAAGAGAACCUGCGCAUCUGUGCCACCUGCCAUCUGCUGAAGGCCACGGCUUUCCACCGGGCGCGGCUCAUGCGUCUACGAGUGAGGGACCUGCGUCAGUAUUUGAGGCUGCGCAACAUCUCCACUGACACCUGCAGGGAAAAGGAGGACCUGGUAGAUUUGGUCCUCGGUCAUCGGGACGUCGAGGCGGUAGAGGAAGACGAAGAGGAGGAGGAGGAUGAUGAUGAAGAGGAGGAGGAGGACGAGGAGGAGGCGGGGGACCCUAACACAGCCAGCCUCCUCUCGCGUUCACAUCGAACACCAACCCCUCCCAGCACACAGCCUGCGUCUGAGCUGUCUGCUGCCUCGCCGGAGGAAUCCCACAGCCGGAGCGAAAGCCCCGACGGCAACCAGGAUUCAGGUGAUAUCACACCAGUGCCCCUCCUCAACUCGGACUCCAGUGAACAGACUCCUCAGACGAGCCCUCAGACCAGGGAUGGAGCCAGAGCCUCCCUGUCCGACAUCUCCAGCGCGAGGGACAUCAAGGGCCUGUCCGUGCGGCAGCUGAAGGAGAUCCUGGCAAGGAACUUCGUCAACUAUUCAGGGUGCUGUGAAAAGUGGGAGCUUGUGGAGCGUGUCAGCAGACUGUACAGAGAGAAGGAGAAGAACUCAAAAUCAUUGAUGGCCUUCCCCUCUUCUAUCUGCAAUGGUGCCAUCAGAGACGGCGAGAAGUGUCCGCUGACGCUUCAGGACGACAAUCUGUGCAGGAUCUGCAUGGACGCAGUGAUCGACUGCGUCCUGCUGGAGUGCGGUCACCUGGUCACCUGCACCAGCUGUGGCAAGAGAAUGAACCAGUGUCCCAUAUGCAGGCAGUACGUCGUCAGGGCCGUGCACGUUUUCAAGUGCUGACGCAUUCCCGCUGCAGCGCCGUGACUAGAGAGGCCCUGGGCCCUGGCACUCAACAAUGCAGCUCAUGAAGUUUGAAUCCUUCAAACCUCGUUUCCGGACGUUUGUAUUUGCAGAGUCUUCAUGUCAUUUGCACACAGAAAUAUGCUGGUUUCUUUUUAAGAAAUUGUCUUGGAUAUAGAGGCGGGACAGACGAGGGCUGCACUUCUCUUUCAGACAUUCCAUUUUUUUUUUUUUUUUUUACCGUAAAACAAAGAAUGUCGGGAACACCCGGAUGCAUACUUUUGUAAAACAAUACAUCCUCGUUUCUGCCUGUAAGCCGGUAGCUCUUCUCCAGAUCUAGGCUACUUUUCCUUACCCACUGCGGCAAGCGAACACAUAUCUUAGUAAAAGACUUUGAACCUCAGCAGACGCGUAAACAGCAGGUGCCAAAACGACGCGCCCCGCUUCAUUUCUCCUGCUCUUUCCCCCGGCUGCGGGGAACGGCGCCGCGUCGACGUCUCAGCGCGUCGGAUCAGACAGCACUUUGUCCGCACCCUGUUAACGCAGCACCACUCACAACCCACCGCACCUCACCCCCCUAGAGAAAGCGCGCCUCUUCCUGAAUGCUUGAUGAGAGGCGCUAAUUAGAAGCCGCCGCGCCGUUGUUUGCCGUCUCUGAACGUCGCGCUGCACCGUCCUCAGAAGAGCAGAUGAUGCUCUGCGGUCCGUCUUAUAUUUGCAGCUGAUUAUGUACUAUUAAGGGCGAUGCAUUAUUAAUUAUGUUGAUGUGUUUUGUUUUGUUUUUUUCCUCGACGAAGUGCUUGUCUGAAUGCAUUUACGCAUUCACAUGUCCAUGCAAAGACUCAUCACAGCAAUAGCGAAAGGUCUGCCAUGCCUUGUCCUGCCAGGAGAGUCAAACUAAAAACUGGUGCUAGAACUCAUCUGGACUUUUGUGAAACCGUCAUUUUCUUAGGUUGUUGGAUUGAAAUGUUUUAGCUUUUCUUUUAUGUUUUAUUUUUUGUUUUGUUCUAUAUGAGACACAAUAAGCCAGUUAUUCUAAGAUGUUUGUACGAGGCCACUAACAGCUGAGUGAUGUGAAAGUAUAUUGAGAUGAUGACUUGCUGUACGUAUAUCAGCCCAUAUAAGAUGCAUAUAUAGCUAUAUUUUUCCAUUUGAUUUGAAACUGCGCGACGUCAGGUUGCGAAACAUUUUUUUUCUGGGUGGUUCUCUCUGUUAAGUGGCUUGAAAUGUGUUAAAUUCGUGUUCGUUUCCACGAUCUCGCCGUUCCUCUUGAACCCACAGCAUAAGGACAAGCUUUUCCGACAUCCUUCCUUCCGCCCGGACCCCCCUAUAAAGGUACCGCUCGCUGCUGUCUCACCACACAUGUCCUGUGUGACCACAAAUAGAGUAGCAGAGCAAAUUGCACUUUUCUUUUACAGAGGGUAUAAUCGUGUGCAAGGUAUGGUCUUUGUAUUUGCAGAUGUUCAAAUUUAUAUUAUGGUAAAUUAAAGAUUUUAAUUAAUGUC